GAGCCGGAGCGUGGCAGGGCACAGACUGCUUCGGACGCGCGCGCCUCCGGCCUGCCACUCCCUCGCCUCGUGCUGGUAGCUGCUGCGGCUGGCAGCACUCGCCGCGCAUGCGCACUUGCCCACCCCACGCUGCCCGGUCGCGGGUCGCUUCCAGCUCCAACUCGCGCCGCAUUCACUGCAGUAGUGGCAUUUUCUUGGGGCGCACGCGCACUGCGCCCUCCCCGGCCGUUCCCAACCACACGCCGCGACGGUGACAGUGAGUCCCUGAGGCACGCGCGCGCGCUCUCGCUUCUCACCCUACUUCGCGCCGGCUGUCCCCUCGCUGCGCGCGCCCAGGGGCCGUUAUCCUGCAACGGUCCCAGUGCCACGCACGCGCAGUAGUGAGGGGGCGCGCGCGAGGGAGCGGCGGCCGCAGGAAAGGGGCGCAGCCGCCGCCAUUGCGAAGGAGGGAGGGAGCGAGCGAGGGAGCGAGGCUGGUCCGCCCUCCCCUGGUUCCCGCCCCUCCCCCUUCCCCUCCCCGCCCCCCCGGCCCCGAGGGAGAGCCGCGGCGCGGCGGGAGGAGGAGGUGGAGGAGGCGGAGGAGGGAGUCCGCGAGGGAGGGUCCACCCGGCCCCCCGCCGCCGGAGCCGCCGCCACCGCCUCAGCCGCCGCUAGACCAGGAGCAGCAGAACAUGGCGCCGGGGCCGCCGUCUCCGCUGCCGGGAUCCCGGAGGCCGGGGCCGCGUUGAGGGCGCCCAGCUGGAAGAAAUGUUGGCUAUUUGGUGAUGAAAAGUGACAAAAACUGACCUUGUACUGGUAUACAAACACUAUGGGACCUGACACUUUGGCUGUGUGGGCUGCCGGCCCCCACUGAUAAUGCUGGGAAGCCGUCAGGUCCACUGGAAAACACUAAUCUGAUCUCGGAAGUGGCUGAUCGUGGCAGGAUGUGUCGACGAUGAUGAUGGCAAGAAAGCAAGAUGUCCGCAUUCCCACCUACAACAUCAGUGUGGUGGGAUUGUCUGGGACGGAGAAGGAGAAGGGCCAGUGUGGCAUUGGGAAGUCCUGUCUGUGCAACCGCUUUGUGCGCCCAAGUGCUGAUGAAUUUCACUUGGACCAUACCUCUGUCCUCAGCACCAGUGACUUUGGUGGGCGAGUGGUCAACAAUGACCACUUUCUGUACUGGGGAGAAGUUAGCCGAUCCCUGGAGGAUUGCAUGGAAUGUAAGAUGCACAUCGUGGAGCAGACUGAAUUCAUCGAUGAUCAAACUUUUCAACCUCAUCGAAGCACGGCCCUGCAGCCCUAUAUCAAGAGAGCUGCUGCGACCAAGCUGGCAUCGGCUGAAAAACUCAUGUACUUUUGCACUGACCAGCUGGGGCUGGAGCAGGACUUUGAGCAGAAACAAAUGCCAGAUGGAAAGCUGCUAAUUGAUGGUUUUCUUCUUGGUAUUGACGUUAGCAGGGGCAUGAAUAGGAACUUUGAUGACCAGCUCAAGUUUGUCUCCAAUCUAUACAAUCAGCUUGCAAAAACAAAAAAACCCAUAGUGGUGGUCCUGACUAAGUGUGACGAGGGCGUUGAGCGGUACAUUAGAGAUGCACAUACUUUUGCCUUAAGCAAAAAGAACCUCCAGGUUGUGGAGACCUCAGCAAGAUCCAACGUAAAUGUGGACUUGGCUUUUAGCACCUUAGUGCAACUCAUUGAUAAAAGUCGGGGAAAGACGAAAAUCAUUCCUUACUUUGAAGCUCUCAAGCAGCAGAGUCAGCAGAUAGCUACGGCAAAAGACAAAUAUGAGUGGCUGGUGAGUCGCAUUGUGAAAAAUCACAACGAGAAUUGGCUAAGUGUCAGCCGAAAGAUGCAGGCCUCUCCCGAGUACCAGGACUAUGUCUACCUGGAAGGGACUCAGAAAGCCAGGAAGCUAUUUCUCCAGCACAUCCACCGCCUCAAGCACGAGCAUAUUGAGCGCAGAAGGAAGUUGUACCUGGCAGCCCUGCCGUUAGCUUUUGAAGCUCUUAUACCUAAUCUAGAUGAAAUAGACCACCUAAGCUGCAUAAAAGCCAAAAAACUCUUGGAGACCAAGUCAGAGUUCUUGAAGUGGUUUGUUGUACUUGAGGAGACCCCAUGGGAUGCCACCAGCCACAUUGACAACAUGGAGAACGAGCGGAUUCCCUUUGAUUUAAUGGAUACAGUUCCUGCAGAGCAGCUGUAUGAGACCCACUUAGAGAAACUACGGAACGAGAGGAAAAGAGCUGAGAUGAGAAGAGCAUUUAAAGAAAACUUGGAGACCUCGCCUUUCAUAACUCCCGGAAAGCCCUGGGAAGAGGCCCGUAGUUUCAUCAUGAAUGAAGAUUUCUACCAGUGGCUGGAAGAAUCUGUAUAUAUGGAUAUCUAUGGCAAACACCAAAAGCAGAUUAUAGACAGAGCCAAGGAAGAGUUCCAGGAGCUGCUUCUGGAAUAUUCAGAAUUGUUCUAUGAGCUGGAGCUGGAUGCAAAGCCCAGCAAGGAGAAAAUGGGGGUCAUUCAGGAUGUUCUGGGAGAGGAACAGCGAUUUAAAGCAUUACAGAAGCUCCAAGCGGAGCGCGAUGCCCUUAUUCUGAAGCACAUUCAUUUUGUGUACCACCCAACAAAGGAAACGUGUCCUAGCUGCCCGGCUUGUGUGGAUGCUAAGAUUGAGCACUUAAUUAGUUCUCGGUUUAUCCGGCCAUGUGACCGGAAUCAGAAAAAUUCACUCUCUGACCCCAACAUUGAUCGAAUUAACUUGGUUAUCUUGGGCAAAGAUGGUCUUGCCCGAGAGUUGGCCAAUGAGAUUCGAGCUCUUUGUACAAAUGAUGACAAGUAUGUGAUAGAUGGUAAAAUGUAUGAGCUUUCCCUGAGGCCAAUAGAAGGGAAUGUCAGGCUUCCAGUGAACUCUUUUCAGACGCCAACAUUUCAGCCCCAUGGAUGUCUCUGCCUCUAUAAUUCAAAGGAGUCUCUGUCCUACGUGGUGGAGAGCAUAGAGAAGAGUAGAGAGUCCACACUCGGCAGGAGAGAUAAUCACCUAGUCCAUCUCCCCCUGACGUUAAUUUUGGUUAACAAAAGAGGAGACACCAGUGGAGAGACCCUGCACAGCUUAAUCCAACAAGGUCAGCAGAUUGCUAGCAAACUUCAGUGUGUCUUUCUGGACCCCGCUUCUGCUGGCAUCGGUUAUGGGCGCAACAUUAACGAAAAACAAAUCAGUCAAGUUUUGAAAGGACUCUUGGACUCUAAGCGUAACUUAAACCUGGUCAGUUCUACCGCCAGCAUCAAAGAUCUGGCCGAUGUUGACCUGAGAAUUGUCAUGUGUCUGAUGUGUGGAGAUCCUUUUAGUGCAGACGACAUACUCUUUCCUGUCCUUCAGUCCCAAACCUGCAAAUCUUCGCAUUGUGGAAGCAACAACUCUGUUUUACUUGAACUACCAAUCGGACUACACAAGAAGCGCAUUGAACUGUCUAUUCUUUCAUACCAUUCCUCGUUUAGCGUCAGAAAAAGCCGGUUGGUCCAUGGGUACAUUGUUUUUUAUUCAGCCAAACGUAAGGCCUCCUUGGCUAUGUUACGUGCCUUUCUUUGUGAAGUGCAGGAUAUUAUCCCCGUUCAGCUGGUUGCACUCACUGACGGCGCUAUAGAUGUCUUGGACAAUGACUUAAGUAGGGAGCAGCUGACCGAGGGGGAAGAGAUUGCUCAAGAAAUUGAUGGCAGAUUCACAAGCAUCCCCUGUAGCCAACCCCAGCAUAAACUUGAGCUCUUCCACCCGUUUUUUAAAGAUGUGGUGGAGAAAAAGAACAUCAUCGAGGCCACUCAUAUGUACGAUAAUGUUGCCGAGGCCUGCAGCACCACAGAGGAGGUGUUUAACUCCCCCCGGGCGGGCUCCCCACUCUGCAACUCAAACCUGCAGGAUUCGGAAGAGGAUAUUGAGCCCCCUUCUUACGGCCUAUUUCGAGAAGACACACCACUGCCCUCCCUGUCCAAAGACCAUUCUAAGCUCUCUAUGGAACUGGAGGUAAAUGAUGGGCUGUCUUUCAUCAUGAGCAACUUUGAGAGUAAACUGAACAACAAAGUACCUCCACCAGUCAAACCAAAGCCUCCUGUCCAUUUUGAAAUUACGAAGGGGGAUCUGUCUUACUUAGACCAAGGCCAUAGAGAUGGGCAGAGGAAGUCUCUGUCUUCUAGCACCUGGUUACCUCCGGAUGGGUUCGAUCCUUCUGAUUAUGCCGAACCCAUGGAUGCUGUGGUCAAGCCGAGGAAUGAAGAAGAAAACAUAUACUCUGUGCCCCAUGACAGCACCCAAGGCAAGAUCAUCACCAUUCGGAAUAUCAACAAAGCCCAGUCUAACGGCAGUGGGAAUGGUUCCGACAGCGAAAUGGACACCAGCUCUUUAGAGCGAGGCCGCAAAGUAUCCAUCGUGAGCAAGCCAGUGCUAUACAGGACGAGAUGCAGCCGGCUGGGGAGGUUUGCUAGUUACCGAACCAGCUUCAGUGUGGGGAGCGAUGAUGAGCUGGGGCCCAUCCGGAAGAAAGAGGAGGACCAAGCAUCCCAGGGUUAUAAAGGGGACAAUGCUGUCAUUCCGUAUGAAACGGAUGAAGACCCACGGAGGAGGAAUAUUCUUCGCAGUCUAAGAAGAAACACUAAGAAACCAAAGCCCAAACCCCGGCCAUCCAUCACGAAGGCAACCUGGGAGAGUAACUAUUUUGGGGUCCCCUUAACAACUGUCGUGACUCCAGAGAAGCCAAUUCCUGUUUUUAUUGAGAGAUGCAUUGAGUACAUUGAAGCCACAGGACUGAGCACCGAAGGCAUCUACCGGGUCAGCGGGAACAAGUCGGAGAUGGAGAGUCUGCAGAGGCAGUUCGACCAAGACCACAACCUGGAUUUGGCGGAGAAAGACUUCACAGUGAACACCGUGGCUGGUGCCAUGAAGAGCUUCUUCUCGGAGCUGCCCGACCCCCUGGUCCCGUACAACAUGCAGAUUGACCUGGUGGAGGCGCACAAAAUCAAUGACCGGGAGCAGAAGUUGCAUGCUCUCAAGGAGGUACUCAAGAAAUUUCCAAAGGAAAACCACGAAGUCUUCAAAUACGUCAUCUCUCACCUGAACAGAGUCAGCCACAACAACAAGGUGAAUCUCAUGACCAGUGAGAACCUCUCCAUCUGCUUCUGGCCCACACUGAUGAGGCCUGACUUCAGCACCAUGGACGCGCUCACGGCCACGCGGACCUAUCAGACAAUCAUCGAGCUCUUCAUCCAGCAGUGCCCGUUUUUCUUCUACAAUCGGCCCAUCAGCGAGCCCCCCGGGGCCGCGCCCAGCUCCCCCUCUGCCGUGGCCUCCUCCGUGCCCGUCCUCACCUCCACACCCAUCGCCAGUCAGCCGUCGCCCCCCCAGUCGCCUCCGCCCACCCCCCAGUCCCCGAUGCAGCCACUGCUCCCCUCCCAGCUCCAAGCCGAGCACACACUGUGAGUCAAGGCCUGGGGCAAAGGAGGCUGUCUUCUCUCUUCAGAGUGGUGGCACCUGGCCUUGAACACGACCAGGUCCAUCAGGGCGAAGGUGCGGAGGGUGUGCCCUCUCCCCUGUCACCUUCUCAAGACCUCAGUGGUAGCACCAGCCAACCGCCCACCGUAGGCUGAGCAGUCAGGGGCCCGAGCCCAGCGCUCAGGCCUGGGGCUGGCUACAGGCCGUGGCCAGGGGGCCCUGCCCUUUGUCACAGACCCAUCUGAGGACUGAACUGGUCAGGCAGCAGCCCCAGUGGCCCUCCACACGCUCACUGCCCCCCGGACCGCCUGCCCGUGCACACUGGCCUCGGGACGUCGCCCACUGCCCGAGACAGGCCGCCCGAGGGCAGGCCUCACAGCCCCCGAGGAGACCACUUCCCAUCUGUCUCUUCCCACCUUCCCCGUCUGCACGCCCACUCCCGGUUGGGGGUGCAGCCUGUCUAGCAGCCUCCUCGGGAACGAGAGGGCUCUGCCGCCCCAAGGUGCGGUGCUGAGGGCUUCUGCCCGGCCAGUCAGGACAGAGGGAGGCAGCCUCGUGCCUGGACCAAGCCGGAGUGCGGCUUCCCCUCCAGCUGGAGCCCUUCCCUGCACAGGCUUCGGGACGUGUCCCUCGGCAGCAGAGGAGCACUGCAAGGAAAAUGGAAGAACCCAUCUAAUCAUUUUUAAAAAGAAAAAGGAAGAAAAGUGCAGACCUCAAGAUUUCGGCCCCCCUCCCACCUGAGGCACACAGGUGGCGUGUGGCCCUUCUCCUGUGACAGCAGAGCACGGAGGCCCCGGGCGGGUGCCCGAGAGCCUGCUGGGGUCCCACUUACCUUCUGUCCCCAGACCCCUCUCUCCCCGGGAAGAUGGUUUGCGUCCUUGGUGGGCAGAGCUAGGGAGACCCGCAGACCAGCCUAGACCUUGGUCUGCCUUUGAACACACUACAGCGCUGUGGAAACACUACUUCGUGUGUGUAUUUGUGUGCGUGCAUGUGUGCGUGCGUGUGGGGGGUGACCUGUGAGGGGUGGAAACAGCCGAGGGUGCAGGUUACUGGUGUGCUUGGUGUCGCAGUGGGAUCAUCUCCGUCUGGGGCUGUCGAGUGCCACGCCGUACCGUUCCUGGGAAGUGAGUGUGCUCUGGUGGUCUGCCACCCUUCUGGUGGGCACCCUUCACGCUCCCAGGGCCAGCAGGCCCGGGGAGCCGCAGGCACAGAGGCCGUCAGAGUCACGAGGAAAGCACUGUGCCUGCCUGCCACACCGCACCACCUUCCCCAGCUCUUCCUGAGCAAUGGCCUUCCCCUUCCCCUCAGCUUCCUGGUCACUGGCCCGUGGGAGAACCCGUCUCCUGCCCCACCGCUGCCCCAGAAACGCAGCAACCUCACCAAGGCUGCUACAGACACAUGCCUGUACCCCUGCUUCUGGUGGCUGGGCCGCGGCCUCCGCAGUGGAGAAGCCUAACACUAAGGUGCCCGGGGUGUGCGGUAGAGGGCCCCGCGUGCCACCCAGUCCUCCGGGUCUCUUUGCACUUUAAGCAGCGCCUGUGGUAUGGCUGAUGCCCUAGAUCACCUCUGCUGGGGGCUGACAAAGCUAAGAGGUGCCUCAGCACGGUCCGCAGCCGCUUCCUCUGCUCACUGACCUUCCUCUGGAUAAGCUGGACCUGCACUGUGUUUAGUUCUUGUGUGGCACAGUAAGGUGCUCGGAAAAACUACAUCGCCCCUGCAAGUUUUAGCCCCUCGAUAGGAACACAAGUCAAAAAGCAAACCCAAGGCCAUGGAUGCUUUAUGUAAACGGAUGAGGAACGUGUUUUUGGUGGAGGGUGCUUUAGCUCGGGAUAGGCCAGGAGGCAGUCAGUGUGUGUUUGGUUUUGGCCCAGGUCGGCAGUGCCCCCAGGCAAGUACUGAAGUGGCUGCAUGGAAUGAAUUUCUCCCUUUUUCUAGGUCAUGUUCACUUCCUCCCAGUCAGCCCUUCAGGGGUGCGGUUAAAGGGAAGCCAUGGGGGUGGCCUGGAGCUCCUGUCUCUGGUGUGAACUAACAAGAGUGGCUUGGCUCCCUCCAGUGGCCCAUUGUGCACUGCCUCCUCCUUUGUGCUGGCACCCCUCCCCCACUGCACCACCUGCAGCCUCGGCUCUGCACCAGGAGCUCACAAGCCCCCAGUGCGCCUGCCACCCCAUCCCUGAGGCUGCACAGACGCACAGAUGGUUGGGGGCGCCAGUGGGCAGCAGCUGUGCCCCUUGCCCUCACCCCUGCAGAGAUAGCCUCUGGCCCUGCAGCGCCCCCUGGCAGCCAUCCGGAGCAGCUGCAGGGCCCCUUCACACACAUGCCCGUGUCCAGCCAGGCCUUUGUAGGAGUGCAGGUGGGGAGGGGGGCUGGUGCCUCAUCAGAACUGCAGUGAGCAGAAAGCUCCAGGGGGCUCCUUUGUCUCUGUUUGCUAACCUUUUAGCUUCUCCUUUCUGCUUUUCCAGGCGGACUCUGGCUAGAGGGCACUAAUUGGUUCUGAGUUAGCACUGCCACUAGCAGCCACAGCAGGCCCGGGCUUAAGCUUCCAGUCAGAGGUCUGCAUUCGGACCAAGUGGGUUUGGGGACGCACAAGGGAGAGGCAGGGUGUGUGUUGGGACACUCUGCUCUAAACGGACUGUAACCCACAGCACUCAGAACUGAGGGAGUGGCUGGCAGGAACUCGCCUUGGCCAAAGGGGUCAGCCAGCGUGUGGGCCAUGCUGCCCCAUGACCUGAUGCAAAGCUGUGCCCUGCAGCUCCUCCCAGCCCCCAGCCAGUGUGCUUUGGAGUCCCUGGGAGUGUGGGCGGCAUUCGAGGGGCUGGCAGCACUGUUCCUGAGCAGGAGGCUGGGUCUGGGGGGCUAGGUGGCGCAUGGUCAGGAGCCUGGCUUGGGGAUCUGCCUUGAAUUCUCACCUGCGUUGUGCAUCAGGUGUCAGCAUCUCGUUGAGUCAGUCCUCCCAUCACGUGACAUGCUGAGGGGUGCCGAGUGAAGUGUGCACUGCUGUUUUUGGGUGCUCCGCACCCCACUGCCACCUAGGUUUUCCAGCUGAGGACAGGAAGCAAACUCCCAGGAGGUGGUUGCAGCAGAGUGUGUUUCUGUGUUGCAGGGAGUCAGGGGGCCCAGGAGAGUGCACCUUCCCCUCUCCUUGUGUUUCAGCUCCGGUGGGGGGGGGGGUUGGAAAAGCAGGGGCUGGAGGGAGACCUUCCCCAGGCCUCAGCCCUGAAACUUGAAAACCGCCCGCAGCACUUGUAAUCUGAAGUCCUCUCCAUCCGUGCCCCCGCCCGUCCGCCUGUGAGAACACACCACUGUGGGAGGGUCUGCUUGAGAAAGCACGGGCAGCACCGGCGCCACGAUCCUUGUGUGCAGCGGGCACACGAGCAAAGCCUUUGACCUAUCUCCUGGGCUCACCUUCCCGGGGACAGCUGCCCCCCUAUUGCUUGGCAGGUUCAAGCCACUUCUUUCUGUUAGGUGGAAGGACAGUCUGAGUCAUGUAUGCCAGAAACCUAAGUCACGUCUAGGGCUGUGCUGGGGGUGGCACCAGGGAGGGGCUGGGUGAAGGGAAAGGCUACUCAUCUCCCAAGGUCCUGGGCCUCCCCUGGGCUGUGCCUGCGUCGCUGUCUUAGCCUGGAAGGACUUUCCUCUUCUGGAAGCCACCUUCCCGGCCCGAGAACCCCUCCUCCCGAGGCCGGGGCGCCGGCCCCCCGCCCCGCCGCCCCAGCUCCAGCAGCAGCAACGCUACACUCGAUGUAGUCCAGACAGGCACGUAAGUUAUUGUUUGCAUUAAAGAGAAUCAUGUUCCCUGUGUACAUUUGAAAAACAAGAAAUGUCUCUGAAUCGUAUGGGAAUAAAACUUGUUCAAAAAUU